AGAGCCCAAGAGCAACUCAACGGUCCCCUAGAAUGGGCCGAGGAAAGAAGAGGAGGGGACUACACUUCGAAAGAAUGGAGAAUCCCAGGCCUCGCUUGAAUCGGGCUGCUCGGCUGCUCCUUUGCCUUUGCUGGAAGCAAAGAAACACUAGUGCUUCAGCUCCAAUCGUAUCAGAUGGAACCCAAACAGGCCUGAAAAAUGCUGGCUUUUUUUCGUUGUCCAAGACUACGCGUCUUGAGCUGUAUCCAAGCUGACAAACUUCUCUAUUAUUCUAUAAACUAUUCAAUCGCGCACAAAAUUGAAUUCCCCGAGAGAGAUUACAGCGCCAAUCCAGCCGUAGCACACUCCAAUCAUGUGAUUACAAAGCUAAGCAGAGAAGGGAGAAUCAAUGAGGCGCGGAACGUGUUCGAUGAAAUGUGUGCCAGAGAUGUGGUUACGUGGACGACAGUGAUAACUGGGUAUGUCAAAUGUGGGUUGAUGGAAGAAGCGAGGAAACUUUUUGAUAGAGUUGAUGCGAAGAAGAAUGUGAUAACAUGGACAUCCAUGGUUUCAGGGUACGUGAGAUUGAAGCGGAUUUCUGAAGCGGAAAGGUUGUUUGAAGAUAUGCCAGAGAGAAAUGUGGUUUCUUGGAACACAAUGGUAGAUGGGUAUGCACAACAUGGGAUGAUUGAUAAGGCGCUUAUGUUGUUUGAGAAAAUGCCUGCGAGAAAUGUGGUUUCGUGGAAUAUGAUUAUAACAGCAUUGGAGCAAUGUGGGAGGAUUGAUAAAGCGAGGCAGUUGUUUGAUAUGAUGCCUACAAGGAAUGUGGUUUCUUGGACUGCUAUGGUUUCAGGAUUAGCAAGGAAUGGAAGGAUUCAGGAGGCUAGAGAGGUUUUUGAGAGGAUGCCUGCGAGAAGCGUGGUUUCUUGGAAUGCCAUGAUUAAUGGAUAUGUGCAGAAUUUGAGGCUAGAUGAGGCUGUUGAGUUGUUUGAGAGGAUGCCAGAGAGGGAUAUGCCCUCAUGGAAUAUUAUGAUCACAGGGUAUAUUCAGAAUAACAAUUUGACGAGAGGGAGGAAUUUGUUUGAUCAAAUGCGACGAAAGAAUGUGGUUUCAUGGACUACAAUGAUCAUGGGGUAUGUACAAGAUGGCCAAAGUGAGGAAGCAUUAAAGAUUUUUUCAUAUAUGUUGGCAGAUGGUGAGGUGAGGCCUAAUCAAGGGACUUUUGUGUGUGUCUUGGGUGCUUGUUGUGACUUAGCUGGUUUGAAUGAGGGACAGCAAGUUCAUCAGAUGAUAAAUAAAACAAUCUAUCUGGAAAAUGAAAAUAUUGUUUCAGCACUCAUAAGUAUGUACUCGAAAUGUGGGGACUUAGGUACUGCUAGGAGAAUGUUUGAUGAUGGAGUGACAAGCCAGAGAGACUUGGUAUCCUGGAAUUGUAUGAUAGCAGCCUAUGCUCAUCAUGGAUAUGGAAAUGAAGCAAUCAUUUUGUUCAAUAAAAUGCAGGAUUUUGGGUUCAAGCCCAAUGAUGUCACUUAUGUUGGUUUGCUCACUGCAUGCAGCCAUGCUGGCUUAGUAGAGGAGGGCCUGAAGUUCUUUGAAGAGCUUUUGUACAACACAUGCAUACAGUUGAGAGAGGAUCACUACUCCUGCUUGGUGGAUCUCUAUGGUCGUGCAGGGAGGUUAAAAGAUGCUAUUGAUUUCAUCAAACAGAUUGGGACUGAGGUGUCAUCGUCUGUGUGGGGGGCACUUCUUGCUGCAUGUCAUGUCCAUGGGGACGUGAACCUAGGGAAGCUGGUUGCAAAAGAGCUUUUAGAAGUGGAGCCGGAGAAUUCAGGUGCGCACUUGUUGCUGUCAAAUAUAUAUGCUUCAACCGGGAAAUGGAGCGAAGCAAAAGGAAUGAGGUUAAAAAUGAUGGACAAGGGUUUGAAAAAGCAGCCCGGUUGUAGCUGGAUUGAAGUUGGGAACAGAUUUCAUGUAUUUAUAGUUGGUGACAAGUCUCAUUCUCAUCGCAAGAUAAUUUAUUCCUUACUCUGCGAUCUCCAUGCAAAAAUGAAGUUGCCUGGAUUAAUACCAAAUAAUGUUUCAAUGCCGGAUGAGAAUUUUGCAGUGACAUGAUUAUUGUCUCUCUCUUUUUUUUCAAA